AUGCCAGCCAUCGUAGCCAACGAGUUGCAAGACAUGCAAUUGCGGUCGGCCCACGUAACGGACGAGUCUCUGGAGAGCACCCGUCGGAUGAUCGAACUCUGCGAAGGGACAAAGGAAGCAGCCAUUAAAGCUCUAGUUGAGUUAGAUGAUCAAGGCGAGAAAAUGGACAGGAUCGAGGAGGGGAUGGAUCAAAUAAACGCGGACAUGAAGGAAGCGGAAAAGAACCUUACCGGCAUGGAGAAAUGUUGUGGUAUUUGCGUGGUGCCUUGCAACAAGUCGACAUCAUUCAAAGAGGACGAAGGUACGUGGAAGGGAAACGAAGAUGGCAAAGUAAUAAACAAACAACCGCAGCGUGUGAUCGAAGGGCCGAACAUUACGCCGCAGGGUGGAUACAUAGCGAAUAUGCAUUCGUGUAGGAUUACAAACGACGCCCGAGAAACGGAAAUGGAUGAAAACUUGGGACAAGUGAACACGAUGAUUGGUAACUUGAGAAACAUGGCGUUAGAUAUGGGUUCCGAGCUUGAAAAUCAAAACCAGCAGAUCGAAAAAAUCAGCACAAAGACAAAAUCAAAUGAUCUGCGGAUUUCAGCGGCCAACCAAAGGACCAGAAAUCUUCUUAAAUAAAUUACUAAAACGUUAACCUUCUUACGUGCAUGCUAUUUGUGGUUGUCAAAAGCGAACAUAAUGUAUGGAUUUUUUUUUACAUACUCAAAUUUCAUGAGUAAAUAUCGUGUCUUCCCUGCAUGUCAUGUUAUUCUAUACAGCAUUAAAUAAUAUUAUAGAAAUAGGUUUAUAAAAUAAUAAUAAUUUAUAGAUGUAUUACAUGUGGUUUGCAGUAGGUACCUACCUAUAUAUAUUAUAACAAAAUAUAUACUAUCCGCUUCUGACCAAUGGGCAGUGACUCAUGUAGAUAGGUACAUACAAAAUAUCUAAUAAUAAUAUCGGUAUUCAUAAAAUUCUCAUUCGCAACUUUCACCCACUUGUGACAAGUUUUCGUAUUAGCAAGUGUCAAAAUUAAUUUUUUUGACGGACAGUUUUGGAUUUUUUCGUAUAAACCCUAUGAAGGUUUCAAGUUUGUACCAUUUGUAUGUAUAGCAUUUGCUGUCCAUCAACAAGUUGAAAAAUACAUCCCUUCAUUUUUUACAUGAUGUAUAAUGUACGUCAUGAAAAAAAAUAAAAAAUACAAAUAACAAUGUCGUUGAAAUUCCAAUUUAAACUUGCCACCAUAAAUUGAACUAACGUGAUUAUUAUUUACUUUUACUUCGGUGACUUAGUAUUUAUAUUUGACACUUGCAUUUAUGUACGAACGAGUGUAUACAGUAAAAUACAUAACCUUAAUAUUAUACGGAUCCGUCCACUUCAUAAUUAAAAACAAAGUUCAUUAUUUUUGCUAUAUACAAACUCUGAACUCAAUAAAUACGAGUGUGUUGGAAUCCUUCUUUUAAAAUGUAAUUAAUCAGUCUCAACAAAUAUUAAAGCUAAAAUACAAUGAUCAAAUAUAUAAAUAGAUAUAUUUAAACACAUUUAUACUAUAUUUUGUCUCAUUUUAUAUUAUAUUCUAUUUGUAAAAUAUUCAUUAUAUAUUAUACUUAAUGCGAAACUGUUAAGCUCAAAUAAUUCAACACAGUAUAUAUUCUUAACCAAUUAAAAACUAAUUGUAUUUAAAUGUGGUGGAUAUAGGUACCUAUAUCUGUAUUUGCUGGCUGUAAUAGGGUACUCGUUAAAAAUACGCCAAAAAUAUUGAUUAUUCAUUUAUCAAUUAUAUAAUAUACCUACUCAAAUUAGGUCACUCGUGCGAGUAAUUGAAUAGAUUACUAAUUGAAACAGUUUUUUAGUUUUUAUUAAUAGCAUUGUCGUAAAUUUCUAAAAUGUGUCAAACGCGUUAAGUUUAACUACAUCACAUCGUGGGUAAAACUAUAUACAUUUAAAAGUCUUUCGUACAAUUUACUAUGUAACUAAUGUAUGCAGCUAUCAAUCCAUGAAUAUUAGUAACCACUUAUGCACUGCAGGGUUAAUGCGAUUUCAAAAAUUACUCUGAAUUCUAAUAUCGACGUUUUCUCUAUUUAUUUGAAAAAUAAUUAUUGAUUAUAGAGACAACAUUUAUGAUAUGAUUUUAAUUAGGAUAACUGACGUAGGUGUGUUAUGAAUUAUUUAAAAAGAAAAUUUCCAACUCCUUUUCUUUCUGAUUAGUUCUAUCGUUCUAUGUAUUAAACACGUAGGUACCUACGAAAAUAACAAAAGGGUUACACUGGUGUUCGAACCUAUCAGCCUGUCUACGCGUGGUUAUUUCGAAUAGAUAUAACCUUGGCUGUGGCAAAUUUGUUUAGAUAAUAACUGGUGAUCGUAAUCCAUUUAAAAUCAAAAAUUUUAGUCAAGCUCAUAUUUGUAGUCGUGUUAAGUAAAAAGGUCCUGCACGCCUAAUAGAUUUCAAAAUUUAAAGAUUUUUAAAUGUUAAAAUAUAUUAAUGACUUUAAACGAUAUAAUUAAUGCAAAUAUUGCAAAUUGUGAUUGUAUGAUUUUCAAAACGAAUACACGCAUAUUACUUCUAUUUUGUUCAGAAAUAAAAUUAUUUUUAACAGGUUUACAAUAACCACAUUUUCAAAUUUUUAAAAAUUUGUUUUUUCAUUAAUAUCAUUUACAAAUGUAUUGUUAGAAUAUAAUUAGUUUAUUUAAGAUAUCUAUAAAUGAUAGAAGUCGCAUAUUGUUCUCAAAAUUUAGUAUUUAUUUUGCAUCGAUCCGGUACGUUUGAAAUCGGUAUAUUACCUACUUUUCGACCUCUACAUACCUAGUUUAAUAAAUGUCUGAAAUCCUAUAUUGCAACUAUUGUAUAGUUGUAUGUUACUUGCAUAUAGAUAAGUCUAUACGUAACAAAGAUAUAUUAUUGAAUAUUGUUACAUUAGAUGAUAAGUAUUAUAUUUAAUAUAAUAUAGCUAUAGCUGAGUAUUUCGCUAAAACCAUAGAUGAUUAAAAUAUAUCUGAGCGUUUUUAAGCUCACUAUAAUUAUAAAUUAUAUAUUGUAUUAAUGUUUUAUAUUAUAUCGGCAUUUUUUUUUUUAAUUCAUAAAAGUAUUCAAAGGCGACAGCAAUCACUCAACCCUCUGUGAUGUUUUGUAUAUCCUGUCCGUAAAAAUAUUGUUAAACGGAAUAAUCACAC